AUGGCUCUCGGUUCAGUGUGGGCGCGUCUGAGAGGCAAUGGCCAACCCAGCCUAGCCAGAUCAACAGCUCUAAGACUCUUUGGAUUCGCAACAUGGAUCCCAGUUAUCGCCAUGUUCAACCUACACGUCGCGGAACUGACCUUUGUUGACGGUGCAUCCAUGUAUCCGUUGAUCAAUGACGAUAAAGACUCGACGUUACGACGAGAUGUGAUUCUCAACUGGAAGUGGUCUCCUCAAGAGAAUCUAGAGAGGGGCAUGGUUGUGACACUACGGAGUCCGCUACAUCCCGAGACAAUCGCAGUCAAGCGCGUAGUGGCGCUAGAGAACGAUGUGAUCAAGACAAAAGCGCCUCAUCCUCUGCCGACAGUGAGAGUUCCGCAGGGGCACGUGUGGGUUGAGGAUUCUGACCUCGUCUUCGCCCAAUCGACGACGACGAACGACGGAUCGACGACUGCGGCGAGCGAUUUUGCGCCAUCCCCCGAGCAUCGUCAUGCUGCUUGGACGGGUCGUCGCUCGGAAAGUAGUAGAAGCAAGGCCAGUGACCAGAACAUGACCGCACAAGAUGUCGAGGCCGAGGGGCGGCCACCGUAUCUUCAUGCCAUGAUCGCAGGUGGUAUUGGAGGAUCUACAGGUGAUCUACUCAUGCACUCGCUCGACACCGUAAAGACGAGACAACAGGGCGAUCCUCACGUUCCUUCAAAAUACACAUCGCUAGGACAGUCCUAUUACACGAUAUGGAGACAGGAGGGUAUAAGACGGGGUCUCUAUGGUGGAUGGGUUCCUGCGCUUGGAGGCUCAUUUCCUGGAACGGUUAUGUUCUUCGGUACAUAUGAAUGGAGCAAACGAUUCUUCAUCGAUCACGGCGUGCAACAGCAUAUUUCAUAUCUCACAGCAGGUUUUCUUGGAGAUCUUGCAGCAUCUAUUGUCUACGUCCCCUCAGAAGUUCUCAAGACACGCCUCCAGCUUCAAGGCCGUUACAACAACCCUCAUUUCACCUCAGGUUACAACUACCGCGGUACUGUCGACGCUGCUCGAACCAUCGUGCGUGCAGAAGGCGCUUCCGCCUUGUUCUACGGUUACAAGGCCACUCUCUACCGCGAUCUGCCUUUCUCGGCUUUGCAGUUCAUGUUCUGGGAACAAUUCACCACUUGGGCUCGCAAAUACAAGCAGAGCCGCGAUAUCGGAGUUUCCCUCGAGCUUCUCACCGGUGCCGCAGCUGGUGGUCUUGCCGGUGUCAUUACCUGCCCUCUCGACGUCGUCAAGACACGACUUCAGACUCAAGUCAACACACCAACAGAGUCCCGACACCCCAAGGACCACCAUGCCAGCUCACAAGUUCGACAUAUCUCCACCUCUUCUCCCAGCACACAUCGUCCACGACCUGGUGCCAUUCCUCUCGACACCUCCUCCGUCUUCACCGGCCUACGGGUCAUCUACCGCACAGAAGGCGUUGCAGGUUGGUUCCGUGGUGUCGGACCCCGAGGAGUAUGGACAUUUAUCCAGAGCGGCUGCAUGCUGUUCCUGUACCAGCGACUCCUCCGACAGCUUGAGGUUCUUAUGCCCGUCGAGCUGGAAGAAAUGUAG